CUUUUACACCCACAACAAAACACAGUUGUCAGUUGUCAAGAGUUGCUCCGCUGAUUAUUCGUCGCGGUUGAGAUGCGAUAUCUUGAAAUGAAUGCAGAAGGAAACUGAAUUCAAGGAGGACAGAAUUCAAUCUACCAAAAUGUUGAAGAACAUCGAAGAAAUCCUCUUCGCUUUGUCACCUCUUCAUGUUUCAAUAAUAGUCGUCCUGUUCACCAUCAUUUACUAUGUGUUAAAAAACAGAAAUUUACCUCCCGGACCAGUCGGAGUUCCUUACUUGGGAAUGUGGCCGUUUCUGGGUCACUAUACCGGACACAUCAAGCUUGAUGAGAUGAAGAAGAAAUAUGGUGACGUUUUCAGUUUCACAAUUACCGGACAAUUAUACGUCAAUCUCGGAACUGUGAAAGUUCUACGAGAGGCCCACGUAUCCAAAUCUGAUUGCUUCACUCUAAGACCAGUUGUGUUUUCCUUGAUGAAACACGCAUUUGAUGGAGGUCUUCCCUACCUCAACGGUGAGCCUUGGAAAGUUAUGCGAAAAUUCUUCGUUCAAACCUUCAAAGAAUAUGGCUUGACAGUUCAAAAGGAGGCUACUGCCGGUUCGUUAUACGACCAUUUAAACUCAACAGUAGAGACACUGCGUACAUCAAGUGAUGCGUCCAUCGGCGUCAUAGAAUUCUUUACCGAGAGGAUCAUGAAUAUUAUGCACGGAUUGGUUUUGAACAACGAUGCGUUAACAAAGGAAGAUUACAGAGAAUUCAUCAAACAUUACGUAACUUUGUUUGAAAACAUGUCGCCAAUUGACAACUUAAUGACCGGAUUUUUCGCCAAGAGAAUCAUCAUUCCACUCCGUCCGGCUUAUACAAAAAGUGUCGCUGGCAUGGAGACGCUGACCUACAGAAUGAUUGACCGAAGAGAAUCGACCUUCGAUCCAAACAACGUUCGGGACAUUAUUGACUACUUUUUGACAGAAAGGAAUGACCGGAGGAGCAAAGGAGAUCCCUCAGCCGAGCAUUUUACAAGAAAAGUUUUGAUGGCAACUCUUCUGCAAAUCAUGGGAGACGGAGUGCUGGGAGUCACGCACCUCAUCGCUACUUUUGUGUACCUGACCGCUUCAUAUCCGGAAGAGCAAGAGAAAGUUUACAAGGAGUUAAUUGAUGUUAUUGGUCACAACAGGCAACCUGCAUUGGAAGACAAAAGCAAACUACCAUAUACCAACGCUUUCAUAUAUGAAGUUCUCAGGAUGUCUAAUAUUUUCCCGAUCUUUCCUAGCCUCGAAUGCACAAAGGAUACAACAAUCAAAGGUUACAGAAUUCCGAAAGGAGCAAUAACAUUGAUGAAUGCGUAUUCUUCUCAUAAAGAUCCAGAAAGCUAUGAAAGCCCAGACGAGUUCAGGCCUUCUCGAUUUAUUGCCACUCCCGACAAACCCAGAGCUGAUUUGCCGAUUACCUUCGGCGCUGGAAAACGAGCUUGUGCUGGAGAAGGGUUUGCCUUGACUCAAGCUUUCAUGUUUUUGGUAACGAUAGUUAAAAACUUUGAAGUUUCAUUACCAGAAGAUGCCGCUCCAAUUUCCGACCCGAUGGAAAUGAGAGUUGUAUUUAAAGAGAGAAUUCAACAAAAAUCUCAUUUCGUAAAGAUGUUUUUAGACUUACCUUCCGUUUUUUCCGAGCAAGUGAUAUUUUCUGCAACUCUAGUCGCUGUUGUGCUACUUUUAUUAUACCAUCUAAGAAACAGAGGCUUGCCUCCGGGACCAAUAGGACUGCCAUAUUUUGGACUUCUGUUUUCCUUAAAAGACGAGAACAGCCAUCUUCAGUGUAAUGAGCUGAAAGCUAAGUAUGGAGAUAUCUUCAGCUUCACUGUAACAGGAAAACUUUACAUUAGUUUUGGAACAGUGAAGUUAAUAAGGGAAGCUCAUUUGUCCCAUUCUGACUGCUUCGAACGAACGAUAGACUACACUAUGUUAUCGUACAUCUUCAAAGACGCUGUCGGUUUCGUAAAUGGGGAAAAAUGGAAAGCACAGAGAAAGUUUUUCACCCAAGCUUUUAGAGAAUACGGCAUGGUUACAUUCAGAGACAAUGCGGCAGGGCCGAUUUACGACCAGGUUCAGAAGGCAAUGGACGAGUUUCGAGCUUCAAAUGGGGAGCCUAUCAAAAUCGCACAACUUCUCACUGAUAAGUGCUGCACCGUUAUGCGGCAGAUGCUUUUUGGCGAAGACGGAAUAUCUCAGGAAGAAUUGAUGGAGAUGAACAGAGCCUAUGAGACCAUAAUGAAAGGAAUGACAGUGACAAAACUCCUGAUUGCUGGCCCAGUAGCAAAAUAUGUGAUUGUCCCCUUGAUUCCCGAUUGCCGCAAUGCUAUAUCAAGUCAUCAUUAUAUGGCGAAGCUACUGACAAAAACUGUUGAAAGACAUGAAAGAAAUUUCGAUGAAAAUAAUGUACGAGAUGUCAUCGACAGCUAUUUGAAAGAAAGAAAAGACAGACAAAGAAAAAAUGAUUCUUCUGCCCAAUACUUCUCAAAUGAGGCAUUGGUGGCCUCUUUGGAACAAUUUGUCGGAGAUGGAAUUUUAUCAGUAGCCCUCUUUAUUGGAACUUUCUUGAUCAGUCUAGUCGAUCACCCAGAGGAACAAGAAAAAAUGUACGAGGAAAUAGCUGAAGUCGUUGGAACAGAUAGGCUUCCUACCAUGGAUGACAAAAGCUAUUUGUCCUACACAAAUGCUUACAUUUAUGAAGUGGUGAGGACUUCCGAAUUUUUCACCAUGUUUCCCAGCUUGGAGUGCAUAAAAGAAACAACAAUCAAUGGUUACAGAAUACCCAAAGGAUCAAUAACGGUGAUGAAUCUCUGGUUGGCUCAUCACGAUCCCUUAGUCUAUGAAGAUCCAUACACGUUUGAUCCGUCAAGAUUCAUACCCAAACCUGGCAAACAGAGACCUGAAUUGCCCGUAAUGUUUGGUAUUGGCAAACGUUCUUGCGCCGGAGAGGCCUUCACAAUGAUGCAAGUGUUUUUGUUUCUGACUGCGACUGUCCAAAAUUUCAAAGUAUCUCUUCCAGAAGGAGGCAAAAUAUCGCCCUUCUUUGACCCUGAAAGCUUGAAAUUUGUGGUUCAACCAAGACAUCCAAAAUGAAAUUGGACUACAAAGUUCUAAGCACAAUAUCCCAAGGACAUUCUGUGAAAUCAUGGCAAAAAUUCCCCUGGUGACGAUUUUUUGUACUAAUUUUUUUUAUUUCAGAAAUCUAAAUCCCAUGUUCUACUGUGAACGCCCAUGACAUUUGGCAAUGUUUCGUCCAAUACUUCACUUGCUAGAGAGUUUUAAACAGCUCCCGUUAUUUUAUAGCCACCCUGUAUAUUUUAAAGAAGCAUUAGUUUUCCUUAGCUUCCUUCAGAAGACUUAAAUGGCUGUAAGUUCAGUUUCAACGCCGGAUAAAAGUACAAAGUUUGAAUUAUUUUUGUUUAAUAAAACUUUUGCAUCAGUUUUAAAAUCACUAUGAGAGUGUGGUCUUACUUUAUUCGACAGUAUUGCUUGUAUAAAAUUAUCUUGGAAUUUUAAACUAAAAACAAGGUCGAACAAGAAAUACAUUAAUAUUUCUUUGCUGUUUAUUGCAAACGUUUAUGACACAUUACGGAAAUAAAAAUUUUUUGUCAUUAUUAUGCUGUAAGAAUUAACUGAUAAUCUUUUUGUACAAAGUAAUAUUUCUGGUAAGAUUUAUAUAUUUUUAUUCAUUAUUUCUGAUAGGUGGUUAACAAGCAUUCCGCAAUACAAAUUACUAGAAUUAUUUUAAUGAUUAGUAAUAUAUUUUUAUGGAGUAAAUUUUAUUGAAAGAAGCAGAUAUAUAUGCGUCAUUAAUAUGUUUCUUAGCAUAAAAUUUGUUUUUGUUUUAAAUAUCUAAUGAAGCCAUUAAAAAAAUGUGUCACCAAUCUGUUAUCAUGCUUCAUGUUGUACAAAUGUUUAUUAAAGCAUUUUAUUCUUUAAAAAAAGUGUUUUUAUUCAUAUUGUAAAAUAGCUCAGUUGGUAUUUUAUUUUUAAUGCUUUCAAUUUUCUCUUUAAUAUGCAUAUAUAGCAGUAGCGUCACUAUGGGGGGCGAACGGGGGGGACGAGUGGGGCCGUCCGUCCCGGGUGUUAUUAGUCUGCGGGUUGAAAUCCAAAGUGAAAUUGCAAGUUAUU